AAGAAAUGUAGAGAGGAAGGGAAAGGGGAAGGGAACAGAGAGGGAAUCCGAGAGAGAGAGAGAGAGAGAGCGCGCUCAGAAGGAAACGUGGAGAGGAGAUAAAGCGGUGAGACAAAAGGAAAUGGAGGGAGCAGCCGCAGCCGCAGCCGCAGCAGAAGGGCGGCAUCCUCUCAAACCCCAUCCUCGUUUCAAUAACCGUAGCAGCUGGAAACAUAAGCUGAGAGAGAACUGUUACAAAAGGGUUCGAGAAGACAGAAUGCGGUUGCUUUGGAAGAUGAGAAUGCUGCCCACUCCACAAAUUCUCAAUCACAUUCCAAAUGAUUUGAUCAAAUCUGCAUUCCAGGACAUAGUUUCUGCUGAAUUGGAAAAAAUUAAGGAAUCGUCAUUGGAUGAAAAUGUAAGGAGUUCAACAUCUGUCCCUGAGGCCAAUGAUAUGUUAUGGGAAUACGAUGGCCUUACAAAUGUAUACCAAGGUGAUUGUGAAGAGAUAUUGUUAGAAAUGCAAAGGAUCUUUUAUGAAGACCUGACUAUUCAUCCAACUAGAAAAGAAGAAACAGAAAUCUGUGCUGAAACAUGGGAAGAUGAAGAGGAUGAGUAUUUGUCCCAGGCAGUUUAUGAGCAUAUGCAACUGAACGACAAGCAGAUGCACAAGGAGGAAGUUUGGUGCCCUGUCUGUAAGCACGGAGUAAUACAAGAGAAUUACAAUCUAAUAUACUGUACUCUAUGCAAAGUUCAGCUCAACAAAGGCAAUGAGGUUAAUUUGGAAAUAUUGCGGGGCAGGCUAGCAGAAGUUCACACACAGCAUCUUGAUCGUGGCUGCAAAUUGAAACCCAAGUUUUGCAUCGAGACUAGAUUUAAUAUAACUGCACUGUACGUUUUCUGUGCUGGUUGUAAUACAUUUGAGAUUGUAGUAUAGACUGUAUAGUGAAUGCUUCCAUGCUUUAAAGAUGAAAUAUAUCAUCAUCAUCAUCAACUUGUUCACUCGGUUGUUAUACAUUUGAGAUGGUAGUUAGUGAAUACUUCCCUGUCGAUAUCUUUCAAGAUCAAAUAUAUCGUCAUUAGCAUCA